AUGCGCUUUCUUUGCCUUCAUGGUCGCGGGACCAGCGCCCACAUCUUCAAAUCGCAAACCGCGUCGUUUCGUCUGAAACUUCAAUCUCUUUCCGCAGAUACCACAUUCGAGUUCGUUGAUGGGCCAUUUGAGUCUGAUCCCGCGCCGGAUGUGGCGCCUUUCUACUCCCCGCCAUACUAUACCUUUUGGCAAGGAAAAUCAGUUCCCGCCAUUCGGGAGGCCCACAAGGAGCUCCAAGCAAAGCUAGACCGUGAUGGCCCAUAUAAUGGAGUGCUCUGCUUCUCGCAGGGCUGCAGCCUCAUCGCCAGUUAUUUGCUCUACCACGAGCGCAUGCACCCGGAUAUGCCGCCGCCCUUCCGACUAGCCGUCUUCAUCUGCGGUGGCGUGCCUUUGCCUGUACUCGAAGACCUCGGUCUACCCAUAUCAUCGCAAGCAAGUCAAUGGGACGAGGAGACCAGUCGUCUUCUCCUGUCCAAGAACACCGAUACAAGCUGGUUGAUCAGGAACAAUGCCGCUGGUCAAGGUGUAGGUAUCGAUCGAUGGGCUCCAGCACCCGGGACAUUACCCGUCAUACACGCUGCACAACGGCAGCAUUAUAUCAACAAAUCCGACGUCUUUGGGCUUGACUUGACGUGCAAGCCGGACGACAUGCGCAUUCGCAUUCCCACUGUGCACAUCUGUGGGUCGAAGGAUCCGCGUUUCCCAGCUGCUGUGCAGCUACAUGCUUUGUGUGAUGAAGCGCCACUGUGGGACCAUGGAGGAGGGCAUGAUAUACCUCGCGGGAGGGAGACUUCGCAGCGGAUUGCGGAAUUGCUAGUGAAGGGGAUGAGUCGAGGCGAAGAAUGGGUGCAUCCGGUGGUCAAGGAAUUGGUCUAG